AUGGACGGCGACCCAUUGACCAGCCAGCUCUCCAUCGGCUGCGACGGUGGCAUGCAAGUUCCAAACACGGGCCUUAAUGCCCACAACAAGUUCGAGACUGAUUCGUCCAUGACGCGCAACGACUUCUACACCUCGCCCAAUGGUGAUUCGUACAGCGUCAAUGCCACAAUCUUCGGGUACAUGAACGACUUCUGCAAUGGUGACUUCACACUAGGAUGCAUGGGUCCUUAUAUGGGCUCUCGUUACAACUAUUCCAAAGAGACAAANCCCGUAUGUAUUCCCUAUCCUGACCUGUCUCUCAAAAGAUACUGCCAACCUCGCGUCACAAGCGAACUUGCACUAACACAAUCUAGCAAUUUCUUCUUUGGUCCUCUCGGCCUCUUUGCUUUUGGUACCGCGACUCUUCCUCAAGAGUCCUUCGCUUCCUACGGCAAUGCCGGCACGCCCUCCGUAGACACAAUCCAGUAUUUCUGGGCUGUUGACCGCUCCUCCUCGGAUUCCUCCACCUGGACUGCAAAUCCCGGCCACGAAAGCAUCCCGCCUAAUUGGUACAACCGACCGACCGCGCUUUCCUUCGCCGAAAUCCUUGCAGAGACAUCGCUGCUAUAUGCUGAGGCGGGCUAUCCUGCAUUCGGAGGCAACGUAGGCAAGACUUACAGUUUCGUCGGAUUGGACUUCGAGGCGGCAGGAAUCGAGAAUGGCGUACUGAAAGAUUCGAGUGCUGAAGGCAUCGCAUGUCUAUUCCAACAAGUACUUGUCGAUGGUAAGUCAAUCAUCACUGUGUCUCUAUUCUUCCUUUGCUCUCUUGCCUUUAAGAUUCUGCAAUGGAAGAAUUGCCCAGGUACAGACUGCUAA